CGCAUUUUUGUCCGGCGGCUUGGCGGCGGCGGCGACAACAAAUAUCUCUGCGCUAGGUGUUCCCCUUGCCUGCAGUGAGGGCCGCCGCUUCGAGUCCCCGUCCCGGCGAGCCCACGUACAGACUGCCGGUGCCUUCUCCAAGAGGAGCAGCAGGAGGGAGACAUGGCCACAAGAUUGCUGCCAGCCCAGGCUCUGGAGUCUGUGACAUUCAGGGAUGUGGCUGUGUUCUUCAGCCGGGAUGAGUGGUUGCAUCUGGACUCUGCGCAGAGAACCUUGUACCAGGAGGUGAUGCUGGAGAACUACAGCACUCUGUUCUCGCUGGGGAUUCUGUUUUCCAAACCAAAAGUUAUCCUCCAGUUAGAGCAAGGGGAAGACCCCUGGAUGGUGGAAAAUGGAGUUUCUCAAAGCACAUGUCUAGGAUGGGAGAGCUUGUUUGAAACCACAGUUUCUGAAGAAGAAAAUCAGGAAGUAAUGAAUCAACUCAUAGGUGAUGGUCCUUUUGACUUCAAGUUGGGAGAAAUCUACAUAAAUGAGGAAAAACUAGAGAAUCAACAAGGCAAAAAGAACAGACCUUUGAGGGAAGUCUUAGUUACCAUCAAGAAAACCUGUAUGAAGGAGAAGAACUUUACAGGUAUUGACCUUGGGAAAAAUUUUGAUCUAAAAUUAUCACUUAUUAGAAAACCCAGAAUUGUUUCCAGAGGAAGGAAACCCUGUUCACAGCAGUAUUCAGUUCUAUUUAAACAGCUGGGAAUCAACACAGUGCGUAAGUGUUACAAGUGUAGUAUCUGCGGGAAAAUCUUCCUCCACAGUUCUUCUCUGAGUAAACAUCAGAGAAUCCAUACUGGAGAGAAGCUCUAUAAAUGUAAGGAAUGUAGGAAAGCUUUUAGCCAAAGCUCAUCUCUAACUCAGCACCUGAGAGUUCAUACUGGAGAGAAGCCUUAUAUAUGUAGUGAAUGUGGAAAAGCCUUCAGUUUCACUACAUCUCUCAUUGGACAUCAGAGAAUGCAUACUGGAGAGAGACCCUAUAAAUGUAAUGAAUGUGGAAAAACAUUUAAAGGUAGUUCAUCCCUUAAUAAUCACCAGCGAAUUCAUACUGGAGAAAAGCCCUAUAAGUGUAAUGAAUGUGGGAGAGCCUUUAGCCAGUGCUCAUCUCUUAUUCAGCAUCAUAGAAUUCAUACUGGAGAGAAACCGUAUGAAUGUAGUCAGUGUGGGAAAGCCUUUACUUCAAUAUCGCGGCUAAGUAGACACCAUAGAAUUCAUACUGGAGAGAAACCCUUUAAUUGUAAUGAGUGUGGAAAAGUAUUUAGUUACCACUCAGCUCUUAUUAUACAUCAGAGAAUUCACACUGGUGAGAAACCUUACGCCUGUAAAGAAUGUGGGAAAGCCUUCAGCCAAAGCUCAGCUCUUAUACAACAUCAAAGAAUUCAUACUGGAGAAAAACCUUACAAAUGUAAUGAAUGUGGGAAAGCUUUCUCCUGGAUUUCACGGCUUAAUAUACACAACAGAAUCCAUACUGGAGAGAAACCAUAUAACUGUAAGGAAUGUGGAAAAGCCUUCAGUUCCCACUCAGCAGUUAAUACUCAUCGAAAAAUUCAUACUGGAGAGAAACCUUAUAAAUGUAAUGACUGUGAAAAAGCCUUCAACCAAAGCUCAGCUCUCAUUCAGCACCAGAGAAUUCAUACUGGAGAGAAACCAUAUAACUGUAAAGUAUGUGGGAAAGCCUUUAGACAGAGUUCAUCCCUUAUGACACAUAUGAGAAUUCAUACAGGAGAAAAGCCUUAUAAAUGUAAAGAAUGUGGGAAAGCUUUCAGUCAGAGCUCAUCCCUUACAAAUCAUCAGAGGACUCAUACUGGAGAAAAACUAUAAGUUAAAUGCAUGGGGGAAAAACCUUCCAACUGAAGUUAAUUCCACAUGAAAUAUCAAAGAAUUCAUCUUGGGGAGAAAAUCAUGAAGAUUAGUUAAUUGUGCAUUAAACUUCAGAAUUUAGACCUCAUCAAACAUCAGAGACUUUAUGAUGCAAGAUAACCUUAGGAAUAUUAGGAAAGCUUCUAUAAGAAGUUUUUUUCAUAUAUUCUUAAGUUAUUACUGACUAUAAAAUAGAAAAUUUGUCAGAUCAAAGGGUUAGUAUUUUAUUUUCUUUCUAGUGAUGUAUGAAAACAGCCACCAGCUUUCACAGGCAUCACUGGGAAGCAUGUUGAUUUAUGGAAAAGUGCAGCCAUAAAAUCCAAACUUCAGAUUAAUCUAGGAUUCUAUUUUUUUUGAAACUGUAAUUGAGUGUUACUCAAGCCAGUUGUACUAAGAAGAAUGUGUUGGAAAGGAAAUGUAAGCAGGUGACCUGGAGCUACCUCACUGUCACUAAAAUUUGUUUUUGUAAGAGUUUAAAAGCAACUUCUGUACUUGGUGGUGGUUAAAACUUUUGAGUUAUUUCUCCCCUGCUUCCUAAGCCAUUCACCUGAAAAUAGAAUCACUCUGUAAACCACAGGUGCAAGUCCUGUGAGUUUUCUCCCCAACUAUUCCAAACUCUGAAUCAGAUCUAAAGUCACAUGAUUUCAAAUCACACAAGGCAUGGUAUUUCACUUGUUUUUCUCAUAAGGUGAUUACCUUUGCUGUAUUAAGUUGAGAAUUAGAGGUUGUUUAGAUAACUACUGCUUUUGCAAGUUAAUUUACUGAUAAAUGUUGUUAAAAAUCAUCUUGCAAUGUAGCCAUAGGGAGUAUGACUCUUGGCCCCCAGGUUGUGCCUGCUUCCUUGAGUACUCUGGUUACCAGCCACGAGUAAGGCCCAGGAACAACAUGGAACUUGGGUUGUCCUCCUAGGAGGUCAAGUGAACAGGAUAACUUUCACUCUUACAUUCUACCUUCACCUCCAUCAGAUGAUCCUCUCUCCCUCCCACAGUCUCAGGGCCACUAGACAAAAAUUCAGGCUCUAAGUUCAGAUGCUUUUUCCUCCAAAAAAUGGGCUAUGUCCCUUAACAAGUUAUUUAUCCCAGUAAAGCAUUUCUAAAAUGUGAACAAUAAUUUGAGCAAGCUAAAAACAAGUCAUACUAAAAUUGUUGAGCUUCACAGAAGUUCAGAGGUUAACAUCCAGUGUUGCCAAUUUUAUCAGGAGUAGACAAGCAGUUAAGGACAGGAAUACUCAUUUCAUUUUAAAAACUGUUAGUUUUUUCUAUUUGCCAAGGUGCUAAAACAAAACAAAACAAAAAUUCCAAAAUGUUAUUAUUUGGAGUGGAGAUUAAGCAAAGCAAAAAUCGGUGAAUUCAGCUUUGCCUCCUGGGACUGAUCAGUCUCACUGUUUCAGACUUGUGAGGAACAAACUCUUCUGGGUCAUUUAGUACUCUACCCGCAAUGUCUCUUUCCCAACAACCAUUCUUUUAAAUUCUCUAAUUACCUAAGGAAAAUUCCUAGGAAACACAUAACUUCCCUAUCUUAGUUUGGAGUGCUAUACCAAAAUACCAGAGACUGGGUAGCUUAUAAACAACAGAAAUU